CAUAUAUACACACUUCCAAAAAAAAAAAAAAAAUCCUUACUUGUUCUACAUUAGCUUAAUUACCAAUAUCAAAUUAAACAUGGCUUUUGUAUCAGCCUCCGCCUGUUUCUUAAUCAUUUAUAUGGUCCUUAGUGAAAGUUUCUGUGUGUCAUUUUCAUAUGCAAUAAAUACCUGUCCAUCAGGCUACCCAGAGAAGGGAGUGGCUGUGGACAAAGAAGACAUAGACAAGAUGCAAUUUCCAGUGAACUUGGAGUUCUUGGAAGCUGAAUAUUUCUUAUGGGCAACUUAUGGAUAUGGGCUUGAUGUAGUAGCACCAAAGUUAGCUAUGGGUGGGCCUCCUCCUAUUGGUGCCCGAAGAGCAAAUCUUGAUCCACUUACGAAGAAUAUUAUUAUGGAGUUUGCCAAUCAAGAAGUUGGUCAUCUAAGGGCACUUAACUCGACAGUUGGUAUUUUUCCAAGACCUUUGUUGGAUCUAAGUGCUAAAAAUUUUGGGAAGCUAUUUGAGGAAGCAUUUGGAUACAAAUUGAUACCUCCAUUUGAUCCAUACAGAGACAGCUUGAGCUACAUGUUAUCCUGCUAUGUAAUUCCAUAUGUUGGAUUAGUUGGUUAUGUUGGUACCAAUCCCAAUAUCAACGGCUAUGAGACCAAAAGGCUUUUGGCAGGAUUAUUGGGUGUUGAAUCAGGACAAGACGCAGUUAUCAGAAUGUACCUCUACGAGAGAGCGUCACAAUUUGUUUUUCCUUACAGAUACACAGUAGCUGAUUUCACGUCUCGUAUAUCAAAACUAAGAAACAAACUAGCAAAUUGUGAAAACAAAGAUGAAGGCAUAUUCGUUCCACCACAACUCGGAGCAGAAAAUCGGACAAUAAGUAACGUAUUAUCAGCUGAUUUUAAUUCACUUUCUUACAAAAGAACUCCUGCUGAGAUUCUGAGGAUCGUGUACAGCUCUGGGGAUGAACAUGUGCCCAGUGGAUUUUAUCCUAAUGGUGCUAAUGGAAAGAUUGCUAGGGAAUUUCUGAAGCAGUCACAUUAAUAAUUAAAAGAUGGAGCGGCUACUUUGGUAUAAAAUACCUUCUGUAGUAUUUAAUAAAUUUCAUGAAGGUAAAUAAACAUAUGCAUGAGGCAUGGGCUUAAAUUUUAACAGAAGCCAAUUAAUUGCUUACGGUGUAUUGGGUUGUAGCAGCUUUAUGCAAAAGUUGAAUUUCAGAAUAAAAAGUUAAUAAAUAUGGUUCUAUUUAUUCCUUAA